AUGUCAAACGCGGAAAGGAGUUGCUUUUGUACUUAUGCUUCAGUCAACAAUUACAUUUUCCCAGAUUGUCAGUAUGGCAAAAAGUCGCCACAUGUCAAACAAUUGUUAACCCUUCAAAAUAAGCGUCACCUGAGUAGCAGAGCAAAUUCAGACGAAGUCGACGAUCUGAUUGACCCAGGUGUGCUCGAAAUGAUUGGAGCUCCUUGGGAUCCCAAACUUAGUCAAAAAGUGCUCUUGAUUCACUUGUUGCAUCCCAUUCGGAAAACAGCCACUACAGAGGAGCGAGAUUCAAUGGAGUACGACGAAGCUCUCCGUCUUUCGGAAGCGAAAGCAUUGGUCCAGUCAGUACCUAACUGGAGUUUGCAUUCAUCCCUAUCUUAUUAUGUCAAUAAGUCACACUUCAACCCUAACUUCCUUUUUGGACCCCAGAAAAUGGCAGACAUAUCCCAGUUCUUAUCUAAGAACAGAAUAGACGUGAUAUUCAUAAACACUCCCCAAAUUACAAGUAUCCAAUUCGCCAAUCUAUCGAAACUAUGGCGCCGUUUUGUUAUCGACCGCUACCUCCUCGUCCUCACAAUAUUCCGUCUACACGCUUCCUCAAAAGAAGCGAAACUACAAGUUGCCCGUCUAAUGGUCUCACUCCUCAAACAUAGAGUGGAGAGUAAUUGUCUACCGUGGUACUUGACCGAGAAGGUUCUUUCGUCCUCUAGCGCAGGAUCCCUAGUUGCAGGAACAAAACGCGCUAAAGGUGCAGUCACAUCCAAAGAAGCAAGAAGACUGACAGUACAGGCGCUAGAAGCUAAAGUCAAGGAUGGUCUUGAGAUGGCGAACAAGAACAGAUCAAGACUGCGGAAGCGAAAAUUGGAGUCACACGUUCCCUUGAUUUCAGUCAUAGGCUACACCAACUGCGGAAAGACUACGUUAAUCAAGGCUCUAACUCAGACCGAUAAAUUAACCCCCCAGAACAAAUUAUUCGCUACAACAGAAGCCUCAUCCCAUUUUGGUCAAUUACAACGUGGCGUUUCCUGCAUUUACAACGAUACAGUCGGCUUUAUAUCCGAAAUGCCUUACUCACUUGUGGAUGCAUUCACAGCCUCUUUUGAAGAAAUAUCAGCUGGUCAACUAGUAGUCCACGUCACUGACAUCAGUCAUCGUGACUGGAAACGACAAGUAGAUGUUGUCAACAGAACUGUAGACGAGAUGACGAAUAAAACGGCAAAAGAUUUGUGUACUGGAGAUCACUCGUGGGUAAAACCUUCGUUGGACGGAGAAAGUGUAGUUUUAGACAAACAAGCAGUCAUUCAUGUGUUCAACAAGUCAGAUAAGUUAACUGAAACCGAACUUGAAAGUCGCCUCUCCGAUGAUCUCAUAACUGGCAACCAAUCGAGUAGAGUAGUGACUUCAGCCACCCAGUUAAAAGGAGUCAACUCUCUCAAAGAAGCAAUAUUCUCUCGUUUAUUAUCAACUGGUUUUCUCAGAGAAGAAACAAUAGUGAUUCCCAACUACAGUAAUGGAGAGUACGAAUAUCUGAAUGAACAUGCAUGUAUUGCCGAAGAGAUAAUUGAAGAACAUUUUUCAAAUGAGAAUGAAGAUUUUAUCGCCGAAGAUUCGAUUCGAUUGAAGAUUUUUGUUAAUUUCGUCGUUUUGAGAAAGUUUGCUUCCUUGUUUCCUGAAAACGAAAUCAGCCAAAUUGUGCUGAAAGAGAUUGAGACUGAAAAAGUAUUCAGCUGGGAAAAUAUUGGACCUUGAACCUGUUACCCCAAUGUGCUACCUCAGGACAU